AUGAGCCCCCUGAAUUCAGCCUACUUUACAAAUGGCAGUAUUGUGCAUCCUGACUUCUUUUUCAUAAGUGGAUUUGCUGGUAUUCCCCACACAAACUACUACUAUGUCUUCUUGGGCUUUGUUUAUGCUGUGACCGUACUGGCAAACACUUUUGUCAUGUUUAUGAUUUACACUGACCGCUGUCUUCACAGUCCAAAAUACAUUGUAAUCUUUAAUUUGGCUGUGUCAGACUUGUGUGGAAGCACUGCAUUCAUUCCUCAGAUGAUUGACACCUUCCUGUUUAAAUCACACUUAAUCUCCUUUGAGGCCUGCUUAACAAACAUGUUUUUUGUUUUAGACUUUCUCACGAUGCAGUCUUUCACUCUAACUGUCCUUUCCUAUGAUAGAUGUGUUGCUAUAUGUUUUCCACUGAGAUACAAUGAGAUUGUUACGAAUAAAUCAAUGUUGCUCAUCACAGCCAUAUUGUGGAUCAUUGCAGGAACAGCCAUUCUCAUAGCUGUGAUUUUUAUCAACACACUGUCAUUCUGCAAAUCCACUGUGGUGCACAGUUAUUUCUGUGAUCAUGGAAUCAUACACCGUAUGGCAUGCAACGAUAACACGCCAAGUUCUGUGAUUGUUUGGUCACAUCCCAUUAUGAUUUUCUGGUUUCCGUCACUUUUUAUCAUGGUCACAUACAUUUGUAUAGGCAGAGCGUUAUUAAAAAUCACAGCCUCAGAGCGCCUCAAAGCCAUGAAAACCUGCACCUCUCAUUUGAUCUUGGUGAGUGUGUUUUAUCUUCCUUUGUGCUUGUCCAUUGCUCUGGGCUCUACCAUUCACAUGAACGCCAGGAUUAUUAAUGUGUCUUUGGCGACCGCAUUGCCUCCUAUGCUGAAUCCAAUCAUUUACUCACUGAACACAGAAGAAUUCAGUGAAUGCAUUAAAAAGCUGUACAAUGGAAGAAAUUUGGUGCAUGCCACCCCCACCUUCCUCACAUUCUUCCUCCUCUAA